AUGUCCGACUCCCAGAGGUCCAGUUGGUCCAGUUUUGGUUCGGAGGACCCGCAGUGGCUGUGCAUGGUGACCCUCUUCCUGGCGUCCCUGGUGACUCUGGCUCUGUACUUCGCCCAGUAUUUCCAGUUGGGGCUCGCAGGGAGGAGGCUGGGAGCGGCGGAGGACGAUGGAGGAGCAGCGCAGGAGGAGGAGGCAGCAGCUCUGCUCACAUGGGCGCUGUCUCUGGGCAGCUGGAGGAGGCAGUGGAGGGAGGCUUGGUGCAAGGCUUUGAAUGACGAGGCCAGCAGGAACAGGGGCGCUGUUGUGUUGACGUUUGAGGAGGACGGUCUCGAGGCAUCAGAACUCGCUGUCGACACGGUGUCCAGGUUUCAGAAGACGGCCCAGAACAAGGUUGCGAGCUGUCGUGUGGUUGGAGAGCUGCUUCAGUUCUCCGUCAGCGCUGCAUCCACAGCUGCUGCAAAUCCUUGGAAAUACACAGCAUGUAUAUCUCCACUGGAGCUGCAGCUGCAGCUGCAUAUGCAAGAAGCUGAAGAUGAAAUCGAAGUGAGCUGGAGAGUGUCACAUCUGGACACAGAGACCCUGCAGCUCAGGCCACUUUUCACACAGGACGUCACCAGCACCUGCAGUGCAGCAGCUAUGAAGCAGCAGCUGAAGCAGCUCCUGUGUGCAACGCGUCCGUCUGUCCUGCUGAGCUACAGGCCUGCUCAGGCCUCGGAGGUCCAGGAAGCCCAGAACAAAGGGGUGUCGCCCCCAAAGCCCCCCCGCGCCCACGACUGGAAGCUGCUUGUAAAAAACAUGCGGGUCUUGUUCAGUCGGGAGGAAGAUGCUGCAGGCAGCAUGGAUCCUCUGUGCGUUCUGCAGCUAAAUGACCCCCCUCAGAAGUUUAACACCUCCGUUCUGAAGAGCACGACCAGUCCUGCCUGGGACCAGCCUUUUGUCUUCGAACUGAAUGGACGAUCAAAAGAGCUUAGUGUCCAGUUGAUAAAUGAUGGAAAACCUCCAGAAAGUUCUUUAUUAGGUCAGCUGCGUGUGCCUUUAGAUCUCGUAAAGAAGCAUCCCAAGGGACAACGAACAUUUGCACUCAGGACCAGAGAUACAGUGGCUGGAUCACUGACUGCAGAGUUUACCUACCUGGAACCCAGUGAGGUGAGGUCCUGGCACCCUCCCACUCCUGCUGCCAAAAAGAAGGUGGAAAUGGACCGUACGGUGAUGCCCUGCGGGACGGUGGUCACCACCAUCACUGCGGUGAAGAGCAAGCCAGGACGACCACUCCCACUCAACCACACGGAUCCAGCCCUGAAGCCAGUGGACAGCAAGCCCAAGCUGGCUGAGCGCCGGGUUUCAGAACAAGUGUCCAUGCUGGGGGGCGCUGUGAGCAAGGCUUUGUCCUCCUCCGACACAGAGCUGCUCAUUCUCAACGGCACCGACCCAGUCGCUGAAGCAGCAAUCAGACAACUCCACCAGUCUGCCAAGCAGAAGCUCAAAUCCCCCGUGAAGAAGAGCACCAUCAUCAUCUCAGGCAUCGCCAAAACCCCCUUGUCUCAGGACGAUGAGCUGGCUCUGAUGGCAGGCUAUGCUGCAGCGAUGGAUGCCUCGAUGUCAGAAAGCAGCUCCACUCAGGAUGUAACCACAGCCAUCGCAUCAGGGACCAGCAGUCCUCCAGAGGAGUCUGAGCCCCAGGAAGGCCCCACUGGACUGGGACGGCCUCCGGAGGACUGGGAGAGCCAAACCGGAGAGGAGCUAGACAAUACUUCACUCUCCAUGUGUGUGUCCGAGGCAAGCUGCAAGAAGGGCAGAGGCAGCUUCCUUCACAAGAGCGCCAAGCUCUUCUUCCGACGCCGUCACCAGCGCAAGGAGCCGGGGAUGAGCCAGUCGCACAAUGACCUGGUUUACCUCGAGUCUUCGGCCGCAGUCGAGCGGGCCAGCCGAACCGCUACGCUUAGCCGCAUGCUCGGCCGCAAAAGUAAAAGCAAGAGCAAAGCUAACGGCUCCACCCUCACGGGGGAGCAGCAUUCGUAGCCCACACUUCCUCUCAGCUGCUCCCGCAGCUACCAUCAUCACUUCCAACUCAGAGCUGAGAACAUGCUGACUGACCUCCUCCCCGCUCCAGUACCUGGCCUGAUACUGGGGCUCCUGCACUGUGAACGAGAAGGCUGUGCAGACUGAUGAAGCCUUCUGAUUUU